CUCAGUUUAGAUUAAGCAUCGAGGCAGUUAAAAUGUACUCAGUGGUUCUUGGCUAUCGAAUUAAUUUAAUUUACUGUGCAAUUUGUGUUGCAAUUUGGGACAUAAUUCACAUUUUGUUUGAAUAUCACGAGCGCUACGAACGAUUGCAAUUGUAUGAAAGUUUUGAAGAAAUUGGAUGUUUAAAUGACUUUGGAAAGCCACAUUGUGUAGCGAUUUUAACUGAGCUAUGUAUCUACUCAUUGGAUCUAGUGUUCUGCGUAUUUCUAAUUUUUGGAGCAUCUGCGAUGAAAAGGGUGUGGGUACUUGCUUGGAUUCUUCUAUCAGUUUAUCAUCUCGUCGAUUUUCUUCUCUUCUUUACACCAAUUUAUGGUGAACCAUUGUCAUUGAACGUUGUUCCAUUAUACAUGUGGGCUGAUAUCGGUAAGCCACCUACUUUAUUUAGUGGAAGAUUUCUACAAAUCUCGUCUUUUGCAGGCAUCAGCGUUUUGGGAUUGUCGUUUGUUAUAUACUUCUUUAAGAAACUUAAUGAUCGACAUAUUCAAGGAGUAACGAGAGAGCGCUUAACAAAUGUUGAAGAGUUUACUGGUGUUGAUUUCGGGGCGUAUUGAGAUGCAUUUAAUCGAUUAUUCUAUUUGUAGCACGUGCUUUGAAACUAGUGGAGCGAUAUUGUACUCGUUUUGAUGUAGUUUUAUUAAAGUUAUGAAUAAUUACAAAGAAUUUUAUUUUAAAGAUCAAACUGAUAUUUGGACUUUAUCGAAUUGUUGCAACUUUAACAAUUCUGUUGCAACUUUAAUUAAAAGUUCUUUUAUUUACCUACAAAAAAUUCGAAUUUCUUCUCAAAAUGAAACCAAAAUGAACUCAAAAUGAAUUAUUUAUAUUUUUG